GUUGUUAGGAUAUCAAACUAUAAUCAUUCGAAUUUUGAUUCAGUAGCAGCGAGAUACAUUUUGCGAGCAACAUGCAUCACGAAAGCGAUAUUUUCUGCUUGAGAGAGGUGAAGAAAGGCGAAAACGAUGGCUCGCACAUAUUCUCAGUGAACGGGGCCAUGUCUAGAAGACUCACAAAGAGAAACACCGUGGAUGGCAGCAAUGCCUUCCAAUAUGGUAGCUCCAGGCCAACCUCCGCCGAAUUGGCCGCUUCCCAAAUGGAACAACGUAUCGCCGAAAAGACCUUCUCCAAGCAGCCGCCGGCAGCUGAGUCCCCGACGGGUAUCGCCGACAACAGUGAGGACAUAGAGAACAUUGAGAAUCAACAGGCGGUAAGAAAUGAUAAUCCGAGACCGAAGACUGCAAACAUAGAAAAGCCCAUUAUGCCCACACAGUCAGAUUCCGUUGUCAAGGGCUCAGAUCUAUCCGAAACCACCGAGAAGAAGGCCGCUUUCAAAAAACGCAUGUCUGAAGAGCAAAUCUCCAUUUCCCGCAUCUCCAGAAACCCGUUGACUGGAGCUGGGUAUGGAAACUGAGAUAGAUACAUUUCAUCCAAAUUUUCUGUGUUGACAAGAUGCUAGAAUGUCAAAAUUGAAAUUUAUUACUUAUGAAACUAUUUAUAUGUAUAUUCACUUCUUCCGCAUUUUAUUGAAGAAAAUCCAUGGGGAAGAAGAGAAAAGUGUGCCAAUAUCAAUGAACAGUCCCUAAUGUAUCUGUUUUUGCAGACAUUUCUCCUUUUGUAGGGAUCAACUGGAAAAGUGACACUUUUUGCAACAAUUGUUAUACAUAUAAAUCAUAUAAUAAAUUAGUUUUUCAAAUA